GGGGAUUUGUGGCGGUCUGACCUUGCAGCAAACUUGUACUUGUACUGGCAUGGCUUCAAUCUCAUCCCGGCGUCUACGCAAGGAAUUGACAGAAAUCACGACACAAGGAUGUCCUGUCGGUAUCAAACUCCUCAAUGCAGAUAACUUCGAAACUUGGCUCUUUUCCAUAGAGGUUUUGGGUGAAACUUUAUACCAGGGAGAGGUGUUCAAGCUUAUGUUCCGGUUCGACUCUCAGUAUCCCAUCUCCUCUCCUGCCGUGCAGUUUGUCGUAGACAACGAGUUUCAAGCCCCAAUCCACCCACAUGUUUACUCUAAUGGUCAUAUUUGUGCCUCGAUCCUUGGGAACGAGUGGUCCCCUGUUUUGAGUGUAUCUGCGGUGUGUGUUACAUUGCAGAGUAUGCUGGCCUCGUGCAAGGUAAAGGAACGGCCACAGGGCAACGAUCAAUAUGUCCGUUAUGCACCAGAUAAUCCAAAGAAGACACGCUUUCACUAUGAUGGUAAACAUCACAGGGUCUAACGAAAACAAGGGGCUUGGCUGUAACUUCACGGUUUCUUCCUACAUGUACAACCCAUCACGCAUGUUGUAAUACGUUUGUACCUUGGAGCAUGCCCUCGAGGAAUGAAGAACGCGAAUGAGAAGGAAAGCAUUUGUACACAAACUGUACUCGGUUAGAAAGAAUUUGAAUUCCCCUGUCUUUGCCUCUGUAUGAUUACUAGAUAGAGCAAUAUGCAUCGUUGACACGAACUGGACAUCAUUUAAAAUAUAGGGUCAG